AUGUCAACGGCCACUUCAACAGGCUCGGCAGCCAUGGCCAGCUCCACCGGAAUGGACAUGAGCGGAAUGGACAUGGGAAAUAGCUGCAAAAUCUCGAUGCUCUGGAACUGGUACACAGUCGACGCAUGCUUCCUCGCUGAAUCAUGGCACAUAAAAUCGCGCGGCAUGUUUGCCGGCUCAUGCAUUGGAGUGAUCUGCCUCGUACUGAGCCUUGAGCUCCUCCGCCGUCUGGGCCGAGAAUACGACUCAUUCAUAGUGCGUCGAGCCCGUCUUCGAAGACUCUACAUGUCGGGCUCUUCCACCGCUCAAUCCAUCUCCCAUGUUCCCCUGCGAAGCGAAGAAGGAGACACUACCAAGCCAGCCAACUGCUGCGGCGGCAACGCAGAGCCCGACUUUAGUGCAGACGACGACCUCAUCACUCCUCUGCCGAGUUCUCCCCAGAACGGCGCUUCGAAGAAGCAGGCUUCUGUAUCUGCUGCUGCUGCGCCCGCUAAUGCCCUGCGGGAUGUCGGCGUCCAGCGCAUCGAGAGACAGGAAGCUAUGCUUGCCCCGUAUCGUCCGUCGAUUGUUGAACAUUCUGUGCGCUCUCUGCUACAUAUGGCGCAGUUUGCUGUUGCGUAUAUCAUCAUGCUGCUUGCCAUGUACUUCAAUGGAUACAUCAUCAUCUGUAUCUUUAUUGGUGCUUUCUUGGGCGCGUUUAUCUUCUCCUGGGAGCCGGUGAACUUGACUCAGGAGUUCGAUGCUACGUCUGUCACUAAGUGCUGCGGUUAA